CUCAGAUCUAAGAUAAGCCGUUUUUUUGCAGACCUUGUCAGAAAUGGACUUUGCCUUCGUGAAAUUUUAGACUGCAAUAGAGGAUGCUUCCUUACUUUGGUUUUUUGUUGCUGCUCAAAUCACUGACUGCUGAAGGUUGUACUGCCAAUCAGAGCUCGACCGCCACUUUAACAGCCACAGAAGACAGCCGCCUACUUGGAAAUGGAACUGUUUCGCCUCCAUUUAAUUCUACUUGCCAGUGGAACAUCACGGCACCCGGUGGGAAGGUACUCAGCAUUGACGCGAGAAUCUUCUUCUUUAAUAGGGCCUGUGGUGACGAGUACCUAAAGAUACACGACGGGCCAAGCGAGUCAAGUAGUUUAAUAGCAGAAUACUGCAGUCUAAAUGUUUCCUUUAGUAUCAUAAAGUUCUCGUCCAGUGACCGAAGUGUGUGGAUCGAGACGAAAAGGGGACCUCUUUACUCUAACAGCUUCUUUCUUAUCUUUUACAAGGCGAUACCAUUUGAAGAGUGUUCACUCAACACCACAUUGAAUGCUUCCCUGUCGCCUGUGGAACAUAACUUCUCGAGUCCCUACUGGCCCCUUGGUUAUCACUUAAGCACGACAUGUGGAUGGUACAUCACAGCGCCUGAGAACCACAGCGUGGUGCUGCAUCUCAAGUACAAGCUAUCCAUGGACAGCCUAGAGAUUUAUGAUGUGGAGGGCUCUGCGACUAGCCUCGUCGCCCGUUUCACUGCACGUGUGCCAGGACGUUUGUACAGAGCCACUAUAUAUUCCAAGUUCCGCCGUUUAUACAUCUUGUUCAAAAGUAACGUGAAAACAGUUGACACAGAUGAAAGAUUUUAUGCUUCGUACUCUGCCAUUACUCCAAAGUGUUCCUUCAACACCACAUAGACUGCUCCUUUAUCGCCUGUGGAACAUAACUUCUCUAGCCCCUCCGUGCCUUUUGGUUAUCGCUUAAACACAACCUGUGGAUGGUAUAUCACGGCGCCAGAGAACCACAUCGUGGCGCUGCGUCUUAAGUACAAGCUGUACUUUGACAGUGUAGCGAUUUACGAUGUGGAUGGCUCUGCGAUCAGCCUCGUUGCCCGUUUCACUGCGCGUCUGCCUGGACGUUCGUACUCAACUACUAUAUAUUCCAAGUUCCGCCGUUUGUACAUCAUUUUCAAGAGUGAAGUUAAAACGAUUGACAUAGAAGAGGAAUUUUAUGCUUUUUACUCGGCCGUCACUCCAGUGGCGCCUGUUUAUCUAAGAACUCCUUGGAUGAAAAUAGGAAUAUUGUGUUGAAGAAUCCUUCGGGUGUCAUAACAAGCCCGGAGUAUCCAUCAAGCUACCCGCGGGAAUUGAUAAAACAGUGUUUCUGGAAAAUAUUAGCGCCUGAAGGAAAUAUUCUACGUGUGGAUUUUUUAUCCUUUCGACUUCCACCAUAUGGAACAUGUUUGACGAUUUUCUUUACAAUAAAUAGAAGAAUUCCAACGCAAACGCGUGUAUGUGGACUGAAACCUUCGUUUCUACUUUACUCAAUGACAAACGAGAUUGGUAUCGAGGGAUCAGAAGGGUAUGGUUUUGAACCUGGACAGGGAUUCAUGGCAAAUUACACCACCAUACCUGCAGAAUCAUCAGGGGUUUGCAUCCCAAGCAACAACACCACUGUACAUAUGGAGGCUGAGGGGAUGACCUUUGCAACUCCAGGGUUUCCCCUCUACCCUGGAAAAGGCCAGUGUAACUGGAAUAUAUCAGUAUCCGAAGGGAACUUGAUAAAACUUACGUUUCUGUCGUUAUUCACAGGAACACCCUGCGAUUACAGUUAUGUGGAGAUUUUUGAUACGGCAAAUUCCACUCGGACUUCCCUCAAAAAAUUCUGUGAUGUAGCUCAUAGCGAUGUAGAAGUGUACUCGCGAGGAAGCAGUUUGCUAGUUACCCAUGUAAAUCUCCUGAAUGCCUCUACUACUGUAGGGUUUUUGGCGACAUACGAAACUGUUAAGAGUAUCCCUGCCAAAUACGCUUGUGCCAAAUCAGACAAAUAUGGCCUGCCAAAAACAUUACGAGGCACUGAUGGUGAAUUUGCUAGUUACCAGUUCCCUCUUUCCUACUCCAAUGAUGCUAAAUGUUCGUGGACUAUUGAAGUCCCAGCUGGAUUUAUCGUGAAUUUGACUUUUCACACGUUUGAGUUACAGAAAUCGCGAGGCUGCGCUGCAGACUAUGUUGAGAUUAAACAGGGAAAAUCAUAUUUGUUAGCUGAUGAGUUACUUGGAAGAUUUUGCGGUUCAUCGAUACCCGCAGUGAUUCAGUCUAACCGUUCUGUAGUAAGAGUGGACUUUGUGGCGGACAGCUCAGGAAGAUACCCAGGAUUCCACGCAAGCUUCAAAGCAGUUCCUGAUCCCGCCAUGGGACCAUGUAAAACUCAAGGAAUAGAUAACGUUAUCCCUCUUAGCGGGAAAACUGGAAGACUGUUUUCACCGCUGUACCCAGAGACAUUUCCUAACGAUAUGAGGUGCACGUGGAUCAUAUCAGUCCCAGAGGGCCAUUUUGUCAAGUUGAGAAUAACCUCUUUCUUACUGGCGUACGUUUGCAAACAGACAACUUUGGAAAUUCGUGAUGGCCAGAGUUCCUCCAGUGAUUUGCUCAGGAAUUUCUGUGGAAGCUCCUUUGAAAGAUCGGUAUUUUCCAGCGGUCGCCAUCUCUGGGUGCGGUUUCAUUCCGACAAGGAUGAAUUCUUGUACGGGACCGGAUUCGAUGCUUUCUUUGAGAUGGUCAGCCAAUUACCCGCUCCGUUUUCCUGCACAGCGGGGAACUUAAUCAUCAAGUUGAAGUCUGAGACAGGAACUCUGGCCAGUUACAACUACCCUCUGCCAUCUGACGACUCUGUAGAAUGCAUCUGGUCCAUUAGUGUAGACACUGAUUCCAAAAUUGUAUUGUCUUUCGAGUUCUUCAAUGUAUCCCAGACUAGCCACUGUUCUGAGGAUUAUGUCGAAGUGCAAGAUGGGUGGUUCAGCACCAGCGACCUUGUUGGAAAGUACUGUGGAGGAGAGAAACCCUCGCAAAUAACCUCGGAUUCUUGGAACUUACGUGUGGCUUUUAAAUCAAGCGGCAAGACGAAAUUUCCUGGGUUCAAGGCCACCUACAAAACCAAAAAGGAUUCAACUCUUCGUAUUCUUAAGAUCGUUGGGAUUUGUCUUGGAGCACUUUCUUUCCUGUGUACUAUAGUUGCCGGUUGUUGCCGUUAUUGCAACAAGAGUCAUAACCAGGGUCAACCUGGUGUUGUUUUAGCUACGCAAGGCACAGACAACCCUGGGCAUGAAGGGGAACGCGCCAGGAACCAAACAAGCAGUUUUUGAAAACCUGCACAGUGGUCUUUAUAACUCUAAGAGCUGGUAAAAUAAACAACCUUGGCCUUUUCUUCCUGAUCUGCCCUCUCGAAUACCUACUCUAUGCCAAAUUUCAGAGCUGCAACGAAGAAAAGUACAUGACACCAUCGAUGAUCAUGUUAACUUCCGGCUUACGCUAAAAUUGCGCAGGUUUGACAAAUUUAGAAGCGACCAGAAAGAACUGGGUCGAGUCAUCGUGGAGCCUCGACUUCCAAAACUAGAUCCAGUUCCCUGGCUCUCGUCCCAGAAAUAUCAUUGGAACCUGGACUGUAACCAUGAGGACCGUGUGUUGAAAACACCAAACAGUAUUCCUAAAGCUUAGGAAAGCCGGAUAGAUGAAGUAAUUUCAUUGCUGUAUUUUACCAUAAACAGUUUACAGAGUAAUCAAACUUGAUUGUAAUCGCUUUUCUAAAGUCAAUUAUAUUAUCAUAUGAUUAAUUUUAUUAACAGCGGGGAUUACAACGGUGAUUUUUUCAACAUAAAGGAGGUGAAGUAAUAGAGCAAGUUGUAAUCGUCUCGAAUGUAAUCCGUUGUUGCUUUGGUUCUGCUUUACUUUGCUCUGUGAUUGGUUGAAUAAACAAGGGCCAUCUAUUUAACCAAUCAGAUGCAAAAGUAAAAUCACUCGCGACUUGCAACCAAUCACGUGAUUCUUCAGUUUACUGAUGAGGUCGUAUUUAAUAAACUGUUUAGAGUCAUCUUA